AGACUUGCGGCAGAGGGUUUAGUGACAGCACUACAUUCCGUAGACACAUAAGGACUCACACAGGAGAGAAACCUUAUGAAUGCCAUACUUGCGGCAAAGGGUUUAGUGACAGCACUACAUUCCGUAGACACAUGAUGACGCACACAGGUGAGAAACCUUACGAAUGCCAGACUUGCGGCAAAUGGUUUAGAGAGAGCACAAAACUCCGUGUACACAUAAGGACUCACACAGGUGAGAAACCAUACGAAUGCCAGACUUGCGGCAAAGUGUUCAUUACCAGCACAAGUCUCCGCUUACACGUGAGGACUCACACAGGUGAGAAACCGUAUGUAUGCCAGACUUGCAGCCACGGAUUUGCUAAGAAUACCAACCUGCGUAGACACAUGUGGACUCACGCAAGUGAGAAACCUUACAUCUGCCAGAUUUGUGACAAAGGAUUUACUGCAAGCACCACACUCCGUAGACACAUGUGGACUCACGCAAGUGAGAAACCUUACAUCUGCCAGAUUUGUGACAAAGGAUUUACUGCAAGCACCACACUCCGUAGACACAUGUGGACUCACAGAGUUGAACCGUAGCUUACGCAUGGCAGACGUACUUGGGCCGCUGGUUUUCACAUGACUUAUUUUCUAAAUCGACUCAUGAGGACACAACAGAAGUGGUACUAGACACUUUAUUUUCAAGUCCUUUGCUAGAGCGUCCAAUACUUAACCAGAUUGUUCCAUGUUUUUUCUGUAGUUAGCCUUAGUAUUCUAUUCUCAAUAUCUUUUGUUUGUUCUUUUUAAGUGACCCUGUAUGCAUUAGUAUUUUGACAAUUAUUUUGCACUUUCGCUGUUAGCGUUGUUUGUUGCUUCAAUGAUUCUACCAAUAAAUCUGUACAAAAACA